GUUCGAGCGGGCUGGAAGUGCCGGCAGAUUGUGGCCAAAGGAGAUUAUAUAUAUUUUUAUACGCCUAUAUAUAUAUCCAUCCUAUAUACACAAAUAAGAAUAUUACAUAUAGGAGGAGUGUAGCAGAGUAUUGCAAGUACAGGGAGGACAGGGUGAAAUGGAUCUGACUUUGGGUUUCGGUGACAAGCUCAAGUUGGGCGCCAAAGCCAUUGGCCAUAAGGUUACCCAGUACAGGCUGAGCACCGGCAAGACCAAGGAGCUGGCCACCAAGUAUGGCCAGCUGAAGGGCCAGCAGCGUAGGACCUUCUACGACGGCGAGACCUACUACUCGUUCGAGGGCAUCCCCUUCGCCCAACCACCUGUGGGUGAGUUGCGUUUUCGCGCCCCCCAACCGCCCACUGCCUGGAAGGGCGUCCGGGACUGCACCUAUGCCCGGGACAAGCCGAUGCAACGGAACGCCAUCACAACCACUGCCGAGGGCUCCGAGGACUGUCUGUAUCUCAACGUGUAUGCCAAGAAAGUCGAGUCGCCACAACCACUGCCAGUGAUGGUAUGGAUUUACGGGGGUGGCUUUCAGAUUGGCGGAGCCUCUCGUGAAAUCUACGGACCCGACUACUUCAUGAAACAUGAUGUCAUCCUAGUCACCCUUAACUAUCGCGUGGGGGCUUUGGGCUUUCUCAGUCUGAAGGACGAAAGCCUGAAAGUUCCCGGCAACGCUGGCCUCAAGGACCAAAUACAGGCCCUGCGCUGGGUCAAGGAGAACGUGGCCAGCUUCAAUGGCGAUCCCGAGAACAUAACCCUAAUGGGUGAGUCGGCUGGAGCGGCUUCCACCCACAUCCUUAUGCAAUCGGAGCAGGCAAGGGGCUUGUUUCAUCGGGCCAUCGUCCAGUCCGGGUCGGCGCUGUGUGAAUGGGCCACGCAACAGGACAGAAACGCUGCCCCCAGGUUGGCCAAGAGGUUGGGCUUCUCUGGGAAUCUGGAUAGUGAGGCGGACAUCCUGAAGUUCUUCCAGCAGAUCCCAGCCAGCAAGUUGGCCGUCCUCUGCAAUGCCAUCGUCACUCAGGAGGAGGAACGGGACUACGAGAUUAUAGCCUUUGGUCCCGUCAUCGAGUCCUAUGUGGGGGAGGACUGCGUGGUGCCGAAGCCCCAGCAGGAGCAGCUUUCCCAGGCCUGGGGCAAUGAGAUUCCCAUGAUUAUUGGUGGCACCUCAUUCGAGGGACUCUUCUCGUACCAGAGCACCCUGAAGGAUCCCUCGCACAUGCUGAGCGCCUUCGAGGCGAUAAUUCCGCGAAAAAUACGCGACACCAUCGACAAGGACGAGCUGGACGAGAUGGUGCGGCGCCUGAAGUCCUCCUAUUUCGAUGAUCCCGAGCGGGCCAGCAUGGAGCUGUACGAGUGCCUGCACAUCCUGAGCAUCAAGAAUUUCUGGCACGACAUCCAUAGGACCCUUCUGGCCAGGCUGGCCUACGCCCCCACCUCACCCACCUACCUCUAUCGAUUCGACAUGGACUCGUCCCACUUCAAUCAGUACAGGAUCAUCCAGUGCGGUAAAAAGGUCAGGGGAGUGUGCCACGCGGACGAUCUGUCCUACUUGUUCUAUGGCCUGCUCUCCACCAAGCUGGACAAGGACUCGCCCGAAUACCGCACCAUAGAAAGGAUGAUUGGCAUGUGGACGUCCUUUGCCAUCAAUGGGGAUCCCAACUGCGAGGUUAUAGCGCCCCUGAAGUGGGAUCCCCUGAAGCCCGGCGGACCCGAACUCUGCCUCAACAUAGCCGAUGGUCUGGAGUUUAUUCCGCUUCCGGAAAGCAAGCAGUUUGUGGUCUGGGAUAGUUUUUACACCCGGGAGAGUCUCUAUUGAGAGCUCUAACCAUCUCACUUUAUGAAUUUAGAAAGUAACUCUUACUUUCCAGAAUCUAACUAUAUUUUU